UUGGACAGCUCCCAGAUGGUGGUGCUGAAAUUAGAGCUUUUGUGUUGUGUUGUGGAUUGCUAUGUAUACAGUGUAAUAUAUCAUUUGUAAGGAUUUUUAAAUGACUCGUGCUCAUUCGCAUCUCAGUAACGCAGUUUUGUACCAGACGUGGGAUUUUAUUCUUUGCUGAAAAUGUUUCUUUUAUGAAAUCAGAUUUGAAAUGCAUUGUGGGUUCUCAAAAAACACCAGUAUUGGCUAUUUAGUAUUGGUCAGAUCACAUGUAAUUUACUUAUCCGGGCAUGUACCACAGCUAAUAUUUAAACCCCUGCAAAUCCCAACCUUUGGGACUGUGUCGCUAUGCUGUUACUUCCAGCAAUGAAUCCCAUGCAUCAGGUAUUAAACCUGAACUGAUUUUCAAAGAGCUGGGAUACAUACUGCCUUGAACUUGAUGUUGACGUUGGGGGAGCCAUUUGAGCAUGCACAGCCUUUUCACAGACUCGAAAAUAUGGAUGACAUGGUCAUGGAACUUGCAGCGUUGAGACGGUUGGAUUCAUGUAAGGUGUUUGACCAGCGUUAAAAAAAAAAAAAAAAAAAAAAAACUCUAUAGUAAUCAUCUUCAAAUCCCGUUCGUCAAUCCUGAUUGUAUGACACACCUGUCAGGAAAAACAACGAUACAAUAAAACAGCACAGCCAUGGGAAAGGAGGAGUGCAAGACUUUGCUGGAUGCACUGAACAAAGUGACCGCCUGUUAUAGGCACCUGGUCGUCACAGUCGGAGGAACCUCCGAUUCACAACAUUUAAGAGAAGAACUGAAGAAAACAAGAAAAAAGGCUCAGGAACUCGCAGUAGCCAACAGAAACAAGCUGACUACCUUAUUGCGAGAUAAAACGACUAGCAAAGAAGACAGAGCCGAGUACGAGAGGCUAUGGGUCAUCUUUUCCACAUGCGUGGAAUUUCUAGAGGUCGAUAUGAAAAAAACUUUGGAAAUUGGCCAGGAGUUCCCGUUAAAUGUUCCCAAAAGGUACCUGAUCCAGUCUGGGAUGAGCGGCGGGACCUCUGCUGUGGCGGCCCGAGCUAUGAGUGCCCAAAAUAUGAAGUACGAGGCGGAUAGUAAUAUCGAUGUGGCCGAUUUAAAAGAGUUGGAAAACGAGAUUAACCAGGUCGGAGAACUGAUGAUGGAAAUGGAAAUGAAGGUAAACGUCGCAAACUGGACAGUGGAGGCUAAACAAGACCCCGGUGCAGAGUUGAAGUCGACCAUAAGUGUGGGUGCUUCCUCUGUCGGUAUGAUUUCUGUCAACGACGAAACCAAAUCGGCUUGUGACCCGACCAGAGUUUUGGCUGGGGUGAUAUUCUGUGCUUUUUUGUUUAUUGCAGUUAUUUUAGCUGUAUUAGUUAUAAAACUCUCUUGAUUUUUUUUAAUGAAGCACUCGUGAACCUCGGUCCUGUUUAAAAUGUGUCCAGUGCUUUCACCUCCGACUUGAUUCCAGUUGUUACUCAUAGAGCUCCACAAUCCAUUCUAUUUGAUAUAUUUUGGGGUGGAUGACUGAUGCUCUUAUUUGUGAGAUAUGACCAGAUAACUGUAGCCUAAGUGAAAUUGUAAGCAGAUGCAAUGCCAAUCUGUCUGAACAGUUGUGUUCCCUUUUUAGUAUAACAAAUGGUUAGCAAACGGAUACACGAUGGAUAAUCAAUAAAAUUGUGCAAUACAUAAGUGAAAUAUAUUGAAGACAAUUGAUAACACGGUUGAAACUGCUCAAGUGUUUUCUAAUUAUUUAUUAUUAUUUAUAUUAUUUGACAGACGCCUUUAUCCAAGGCGACUUACAGGAAACAUACAUAUUAGAAAUAAUAUUAUUGUUGCUAACUGUUCAUGAGACCUGAUUGAAGAAAAUAUCUGCUAUGCAUUUUUUUAUAUAUAUAACCUUACUGCGCAACAGGCUUGAGGGUUAAUUUUGAAUAAAAAAUACCGUAGGCUUAUCUACUAUAAUUAGAUGACGUUUCUCUCUGCCGAAUAUUCUUAUUCUCAUAAAUAUCCGAUUUAACCUUCAAGUUUAUGUUUGCAGUGUACGGUUUAUAAACUACAGUACUCCUUUCAAUAUUUAUAUAAAUCCCAUAGGUGUUUUCUAAUGUUAUCAGUAUUGGAUACACGGCGAUGCACUGUUUCAGUGUGCGUUUCUUCUUAGUAACAGGCAUGGAAAUGCCAUUUAAAACGUCCAUCUGUUUCGAUCAGUAUCAGGAGCAUAUGACCCACACUCGAGAAUGACAUAUUAAUGAAUAUAAAAUACGAACGAGUGGAUGACAUUUGGACCAGCAGUGUUGGUCCGGUUCAAGUCCAAUUGCAGGGAGUGCUGCAGAGACUCGGAGAGUGUACAAUUCCACAGGGACGUGAUAGAAAAAGGGUCCUGCUUUAAAGGAACCUAAUUAGUUAGGAUCAACAUCGUAUUUUGGCCGCUGUCCUUGAUGGCUUAAAAUAACAAAAACUAUGGUAACUGUGUACAAUUAUAUAAUACUGCACAAAUCCCCCCCCCCCCCCCCCCCCCAAAUUAUUUGUAUUCAUUCCAGUUAUUGGUUGUUGUUAUUUGCUACUUUUCAAAAGCCAACAUAAGGAUAGCAGAGCCACAAUCCUAGGAACAGUAUUACUUAUUAAACCUUCUGCUUGCUGCUUUUGUACAGCACCCAAAAGCGAAACUAUGAAAUUCGGUAGGAUAGGCCUACUGUUUGUGAUUAUUAAACCUAACGACGACAACAACACGCGUAAGCCACAGCUCUCUUUAGCUUCAGAAUUGCACUGACUGUGUCUGUCGUUAAGCAAUUACUGGCAGGACUUAAUAUGCCUCCUACAUUGUGAACGAAUGAAUAAAGUCAUGUAUUGAUAUGGAAAUAUUACAUUGAAUGUGGUCAUUAACGAAAAGA